CCUCAUUUCCUUUGACAAGGGAGCCAUUUUUGGCUCCCCUUGUGACCACAUUGUUUACUCUAAUUCUAUAAAGCCUAUGAUGACCAUGGGACUCUCCUACUUCCCCUUCACUUUUAAGUAACUUCCAUAUCAUCACCCGCAUUUUUGUUCUUUAUUUCCCAAUACAUAACUGAAGAGAGAGGCUCGACUUCUAUCAUCAUCUACUCUUUCUAAAUUUAAGAACUGAGUAUAUCCUUCCUUCUAAUCUCUUUAUCUACUAUGUGGUGCUCACCUGAGCUGAUUAAUUCUGAUGAUAAUAGCAGCACAAGCAGCAAUAUUCCUAAUAUCUUCUCAGAUAGCACUGUUGAUGAUAGCUCAGAGAGUGCAUCAGAGCUAGACAGCAGCAGUAACAACUCUGAUGAUUCUGAUGAUGAUUUAAUCCUAGAUGAGGAGGAAGAGCAGGAGCUUUCUAUAUUACACUACCUUCAAGAGGCUGAAUCUCUUGAUAUAUCGCAGCUCUGACAAAAAUGUUAUAGUCCAAAGACCCAGUCUAGAUUAAACAAUACACAAGAUUACUG